AUGGGUGGUUGUCUGUCAUCACCGGCUCAUGCCUCCUUGGCGAGCACGGCGGGCGACUCAGCGCCGGAGACGGUCAAGUCCAAAGCUUUGGACAGGCAGCUGAGGGAGGAUGAGAAGCACAUGUCGAAAGAGGUCAAGCUUUUGUUGCUGGGUGCGGGCGAGAGUGGCAAAUCGACAAUCUUGAAGUCCAUGCGCUUGAUCCACUCCAUACCGUUCACGGGUGCGGAAAAGGAGCACUACAGGAGAUUGGUCUUUGUGAAUCUGGUACAGGGGAUGAAGCUGCUGCUCGAUAUGUUGGAAGAAUGGGAAGGGACGUUCGAGCAUCCUUCGCAUGUAAACCUGUUGCCCUUGUUCAUCACAUACCCGGAUAUCGCGGAGGAUGAGCCCUUCCCUGCAUCAUAUUUCGAGCCUUUGAGGCUACUGUGGAAUGACUCUGGUAUUCAAUCCGUCUUCAAGCGAGGGAACGAGGCUGCGGUGCCCGAAAACAUGUCAUACUUCUUUGCCGACCUCGAUCGACUUUUCAACCCCUCUUAUAUUCCGACUGAUUCUGACAUCCUGCGGUGUCGAAACAAGACGACGGGAAUAAUCGAGACUACCUUCCCAAUCGAUGACCGAGUAUACCGAAUCUUGGACGUCGGCGGACAGAGGUCGGAAAGGAAGAAAUGGAUUCACUGUUUCGAGAAUGUCACGGCUGUCCUCUUCAUCGUCUCCUUGAGCGGCUAUGACAGCUGUCUGGUCGAGGACAGGGAUAGCAAUCAGAUGCAAGAAUCUUUGAUGCUUUGCGAUUCCAUCUUCAACUCCAAAUGGUUUGUCCGAACAUCCAUGAUUCUCUUCCUGAACAAGGUGGACGUCUUCCGGACGAAAAUUAUGCACUCGAGCAUCAAGGCAUAUUUCCCAGAUUACGAUGGCGACGAUCAAGACUUUAAUGCCGCGCGAGGCUAUUUCAAGCAGCGAUUUUGCAGAUUGAACAGAAGCCAGACAAAGGAGAUUUACCCUUCGUUUACAAAUGCGACCGAUCCUGGGUUGCUCAAGAUCGUCAUGGCAUCGGUCACAGAUAUCAUCCUUACCAGCAGUCUUCGAGAAAGUCCUGCAAAGACACUCUCCACAGCCUCAAGUCUAGCAUACUCCGCCCUUCAAAUGCAAGCGCUCUGA